UUAUUUUUAAGUUUUAAUAUGAUAUAAUUGUAUAUAAUAGUGAUAGUAUUGUUAUACAUCACCUUCUAACUUAUUUGUUCACAUUUUAGUCUGAAAAAUGACGAAAAACUUUGUGUCGCGACAAACGGGGUCGCUCGCAGUGGCUUUUCAUAGAACUACGACUGAAUACAAAGCGCAUGCGCCAUAAAAAUUUUGUGUCUCCUGGCGUUGGCGGUUGUUCUUGUUGCUUGUUUGUUGAUUGUGAUUGGUCUGGAUGUUAAACGCUAACUGCAAAGUAAAAAAUUUCUUGUGUCGUUCCACAAAGUUUUCAACUUGUAAUCUUGUAUUUUUAUAUAAUAUUUUUUAUUUAACGCCGGGUUUAUUCUGGCUAAUUAAAGUCUAUUAUUUUAAAGAGUUUAGUUAGAAUAUUAUACAGAUAUGGCAAGAAUUGGCAAGAAGAGGAAGAGUGAAGCAGCGGAAGCGUCGGGAGAAAGUGUGGAGAAUGGGUCGCCUGCAACCGAAGACUCUAAAGCUGAUGGCGUUGAAGUCAAGACUGAAACCGUAGAAUCCAAAACAUCAGAGCCCAAGGCCAAGAAGGCCAAAAAAUCCACCUCAAUCAAUGGCAAGCUAAAAAAGAGAACAGCUUCGGAUCCAGAAAGGAAGUCUUCUCGAGUUCCUCCAAAAAGAGAGGUCUUCGAGUCGGAGGUCAGCGAACCAAAGAAAAGGAAGAAGUCAAAGCCUUCGAAGGAUUAUGAGGUUGAGAAGCUGAUAAAAUCAAGAGUGUUCAAGGGUAAAACCGAGUAUCUUGUGAGAUGGAAAGGUUACAGCCCAAGAAGUGAUUCUUGGGAACCCGCCAAAAAUCUGUCCUGCGACGCUCUCAUUGAAAAGCUUUCCGACGAACCUGCUCCAAAAAAGAAGAAGACUUCGAUCAAGCCCAAGAAGUCUCCCAAGAAGAAGAAGAAGGAGGUUGUGGCCAAGAAGGCCAAGUAAAAAAUGAGUAAAAAUACCAUGGAAAAUGAGAGCAACUUGAAGAUGUGAUUGAACGAAGUUUGAUUGCGCACAGUUUUUAUAAUUUCUUUCAUUUUGAUUAUUUGACAAGUUGUUCGUUCAUUUGUAUCAAGUGACGAUAAUUAUUAUAAUUACAAUUUCUAGUUAUAAUAUUUAGUUUAGUAGGUUACUAUAAUAAUUAUUGUAACGUGCUCCUUAUACAUGUUGAUGAUUUCAUUCUAUAGAUAUUGGAUUAUGUAUGACUAGAUGUUGACAAAGCUGUGUGCAUUAGUAUCAUGUGAGCUACUAAAUAAAAUUAUCCCCAGGUGGAUAUCAUCAAAAUUUAAUUUUCGGUUGAUCGGAUGGAAAUUUCCAAUGUAUUUGAUAUUGGAAUUGAUGCAAGAAAGAGGUCUAUAUAAUAUUAUAUACUUUAUUGUUACCUAUGUGAUGUAUCCUUUGAUUUGCAUAUUCAUCUUAACUACAAUAUUGGAAGUAUGAUAUUUUUUAAGAUGACGACUAUUCAAAUUGAUGAAAUUUUUAUUCAUUGCGGUACAGGGUACAUAUAAAACUAUGUACUAUAUUAACUAUAUUAAUUUUAUUCUAUGUAGCAGUAAAACGUCCAAGUAUCUUCAUCUCUUAUAUUUACAUUUAAUUCAGUUAACAAUUUUAUACUUCUUUACGAUGGAUAUUCUAUAUUUAGUUUUUUAGAAUUCGGAUUUUCCUGGCUUUUCUUGUUUUGAUAGUUAUUCACGUCAUGUAGAUGAUAGUUUUCCAAUAAAUAAGAACUUGAGGUUUUUGUAAUUGUUACAUGAAAAUGUCCAACAUAUUCUAGCUUUUAUUUGAAAUGUUGUUCAAAAGAAAUGUUGAAUUCGAUUAUUCAAAUUAGAAAUUCCAUUGGUAUUUUUGUUUAGAACUGACAUCUCACUUUCAUGUUGAAAUAUGAAUUUCUGGUAUGCAUUGCUCCAUUAAUAUUUGUUUUAUUAUUGACUGGAAAUGUUUAAAAGCUUAAUUUGUUGAAUGCAACGGUGUUCUGUCAACAUCAAAGUGUCCACUCCUAUUCGCACCGUUGCAGCUACUGAAAUCCUGUAGAUCUCUGUAAAAUUUAAUUUCUUCAACUCUUGUAGAAUUUAACUCAAUAGAAAAUUGAAUUUUAUGUAAACCUCGAGUACAAAACAUAAUUCAGUACAAACUAAGACACCUCAAUUGCUCUACUCAAAGUUCUGUUCCAUCCUUUAUCAUAUAAUAUUAAUUAUGCGUGCAAUCAUCCCAGUUUAAUACUUAUAAACACGUUUUCCAAAUGUAUCAAGAUAUUGUGUGUUAUUUGUAAAAUUAUUAUUUGAGAUUCAAGAUUUAGUAAUAAAUGUACGCAUUUGCAUAAAUGUAAAAAA